AGCACUACUCCCACCUCUUUUAUUACAAUUUUCGCCAGUUACACCAAACUUCACCUCCAAGAUGGUUGUCCAGUUCAAGGUCUUCAAGAAGGCAGCCCCCAACGGCAAGCUGACCAUCUACCUCGGUCGCCGUGACUUCGUUGACCAUGUGUCUGCCGUCGACCCCGUUGAUGGCGUGUUGGUGCUGGACCCAUCUUACCUUGACGGACGCAAGGUGUUCGGACAGCUGGUGUGCAGCUUCAGGUAUGGUCGCGAGGAGGACGAGGUCAUGGGAUUGAACUUCCAGAAGGACCUGUUCCUUGCCUCCGAGCAGAUUUAUCCUCCCAAGGACAUCCAGGCUACCAAGCUGCAGGAGCGACUCAUGAAGAAGCUCGGACCGCACUCGUACCCAUUCACCUUCAAGAUGCCCGAACAGGCCCCGCCCUCCGUCACCAUCCAGCCCGGCCGCGAGGACGAGGGAAAGCCCUGCGGCGUCGAGUACUACAUCAAGGUGUUCGUUGGCGAAAAUGACGCCGACCGAAACCACAAGAGGUCCACAAUUCAGCUGAAUAUCCGAAGGAUUCAGUUCGCGCCCAGCAAGACCGGCCGCCAGCCCUGCACCAUCGUCCGGAAGGACUUCAUGCUGAGUCCCGGGGAGCUCGAACUGGAGGUGACGCUCGACAAGCAGCUCUACUACCACAGUGAGAAGAUCGCCGUUAACAUUUCCAUCAGGAACCAUAGCAACAAGACCGUCAAGAAAAUCAAGGCCGCUGUCCAGCAGUCUGUGGAUAUCUGCUUGUUCUCAGGCGGCCAAUACAAGAGCACCGUGGCCAGCGUUGAAACACAGGAAGGCUGCCCCGUGUCUCCCGGCUCCGCCCUGCAGAAGAUUCUGCAUCUUCUCCCGACACUGGACAGCAACAUGGACCGCCGAGGCGUCGCCCUGGACGGACACCUGAAGAACAUCCACACCAACCUGGCGUCCAGCACUCUGUUGGCCAACCCUGAGAACAAAGACAUGUUUGGAAUGGUGAUUUCCUACACAGUGAAGGUGAAGCUGUACCUCGGUGCCAUGGGCGGGGAGGUCACCGCCGAGCUGCCCUUCGUCCUCAUGCACCCCAAGCCCGACCUGCGCCGCAUGAUGCGCGCCGACAGCCAGGCGCAGGUGGAGGCCUUCCGCUCCGAAAGCAUGGGCGCCUCCGUCGACAUGGACUAGACGCCCUUUCGACGCCACGACCAACCCGGUGACGACCCCGAACUCCAAAGGACGACUCUGGAGGUGGAGAAAGGCUGACUUGAGACUCCCGAGACCCCCACCGACCCCUCUGUCUCUCCGCAGAGGGGAGCGAUUUCGACUUCCUCUGUCAUCUUCUUUGCUGGCUCUUUCUUGGUUUUCUUCUUAGGUUAAAGAACCAGUGCGAUCGAAGGAAAGAAAAAUCGUGUCAGUUAAUGGACGGUAAACUUUGCUCAUUCCUUCGCGUGAUAAUUUAUGUUCAUUCCCCAAAAAGGAAAGUUGGAAUAGAGAAAGAAAUGAAAAUGUUUGUGAAUAAAGCAGUUUCCGAAGAAGAUAAGAGAGCGACGAACCAUCGACAAGAAAUGGUUUAUAAAUAACAUUCUGUGAUAUUUGUGCUAAACAGAUAACAAAGCUAUUGAGACUACUGUGAUCUUUGAAUAGAGAGAGUUUGGAAGCGGAAUCCAAUUCUCUCAGGAGAAAGGACCAUUGCUAUAAAGGAAUGAGUGAUAACAGUGAUAAAAUCAUUCGAAGCAUCAAUGCAAGAAGAGAUUAUUCAGCAAUUCUACGUAAGAAAGAGAAAUGGUACGGUGGUAAAAUGGAGACAGGAAAAUGAAACAUGAUUUUAUUUUUUUCCUUUUCAUAUUGUGUGGUUUUGUGAAAUCGUUCUUGUUUUCACUGAUGUGUUUGCCUUGUUUUAUGUUAGUAGAUAUGAAUUUUGUUCUGAUCUUGUAAUUGGCUUGGCAGAUAUUCUUCUUUUGAUUAACUAUAUCUCUGGAAAUAAAUGUUCAAUCAAAA